UCUGUCGACAAAUCAAGUUGCGACUUCUUAGUCAGUUGUCAAGCUAUAGGGCUUGUAAUAUAUUUCUGCAAUUUUCUGAAGCUCAACACUGUUGUACGAAAACUAAAAUGAAGACUUCUUUCACUUGUACCGUUUUCUUUGCCAUAGUGGCCUUAGCUUGUAGUGUACAAGCUCAACAACUUUCUGCAGAAGGUGAAUGCAGUCUUACUGCCUGCAUCAAUCCUUUUCAAGGAACGGUAAGCGGCGUUGUCUGCAGCGUGUCUAAGAAGUAUAUCAAUUGCCUGAAGGAAAAGGUUUUAAACAACGAUGCCUGUGGCUGGGCUAAGAAACUUGCAGGAAAGGGUAUGAUAAAGGCAGCCGAAAUUGCUAUGAAAGCAGCAAACUGCAAAACCGACUUAACUGCAGUUGCCAGUUGUGAUAUCAAUGUAUGUACGUAUCCACAAAGUAAUUCGUCGUCUUUCUGCCAGCAGGCUAGGGAGUAUGGAAGUUGUAUCCAAGAAAACGUUUUUGAUGUCGAACACUGCCACCAUGAGCAAAAAGAAGCUGGACACUACUUGACAGUUGCCUUAUCAACAGAUAUAGCUGAACACAAAUGCGCAGAUAUUUUGCAGUCCACUCCAAUGCUUGGUGACAGUUACUUGAUGUGUAUGGCGAGAUGUGUUUUUUAAAGCAACUGCAAAAAAUGUGCUUAAAUGGGUCUUAGAUUAAAAUUAUCUACAUACACUUGUUAAGUAACAUUUUUAAAAUUGAUCACAUUUUUUAUUCAUUAGCGAAAUUCAUUAUUACUCGCAUAAUGGUAACUGUUUAGUAAAAAGAAGUGAAGAAUUUAGUAAACAAAAAGAAGUGAAGAGUUUAUUUAAAAAAAAG